AACAGGUUCCAUCCUGCUAAUGUAAAUGUUCUUAGGAAUAACUGAAAGCAUGUUUGAAAAAACAAUAUGUAAGGAAAGAGGCAGUUUUAAAUUAGACUGGCGAAACAUCCAGAAUGGCAUGAAGAGAAGCAUUGUUGAAUUUCUUAUGGAUUACCUUAAAUUUUGGGCCUAUAUUCUUGCAAAUUAUGUAUUCCAUACCUGAAUAUUGGAAUUAAUUAUAGUCAUGGCAAGAAGAUCUCUGGGGUUUUGUGUUGAUAAUCACAUGCAGCCGGUGACAUAAAGAUCUGGAAGACUUCCAGAAUUGCAGGAACAAAAUAAAGCUAAUAUCUUACAUAAUUUCCUGACUAGAACUUUCCCAGACUACCGUUACCCUGCAUAUAGCAUUUGAAAACAUUACCAACAGCAUUACAGAAUGAAGCCCAGUACAGUUUAGUAUCUGAGAGGGGAUGAAGUGAUUAAAGUCUAAGGAUACAAUGUCAGUGGAAUAGUCAGAAAGGACUUGUAUUCCUAAAUGUUUCUAUAGAAAAGUUACAGUGUUCUCUGUGUGUCUGUGACUGAAACUAUUUCAAGAUUUGCCACUCUUUGCCACUAACAAUUUCAUGCUUUUUCUGUUGGACUCUGAGCAAGAGUGAUAACAUAAAAUAGUGAGUUUUGCAUGCAGAUGGAAAGGAACUGGUUUUGUAACAGAUUGAGUUUUGGGAGUAGGGUGUGGGUAGAAGAAGAUAUGCAUUGCUGGUUUAGUCUCAGACAUGUGGUCAGAUCCUUUUGUUUGAACCUCCCCACAUUCUUCAGGAUGUGAGUGGGAGUAUUCUCCCAUACAGAAAAACCUUAAACGACUCCUGUGACUUCUCUUGCAGUGAACCUCUGAUACUGCUGGUUUCUAAGAAAAGAAUUUUAAAUUUAUGUUGAGGUAGGACAGGCAUGGAGGUCUAAAGACACAUGGUGAAGUACACAGUGCUUCUGAAAUCUGCUGCUGAAUAAAGGGUGGUGUGAACCACAGCCUGCAAGCUGCACAAUGAAGUGGUGGUCAUAGAUGCAACAGCAGAAUGCAAGAGCCAGGAUGUGAUUUUCCUUACCAGGCAUGGCCAUUGCUCUGUGUGGACACCUGUAUUUGUGAGAGGAAUAUCCAGCUCCUUUGACUGGCUAUGAGCUGUUCUGCCCACUGCUCAUUCAGAGUUUCUCCCCUCUGAACUGUGAUGUUUGAGGACAGCUGGUGUCCUCAGAGCAAAGCCAUCCUGUGUUUGUUUGUUCCAUAUAAGUCUAGAGACUGAGCCAGCGAGGGUGGCAGUGCAGCUAAACUUGGAGUGUGGAGCCUUGUUCCUAAUGCCCUGACAACAGGACUUUCAAGUUCUGCACUGAAUUGGAAAUGUUACAUCCCCAGGCCCAGAUAUGUCUCUGAUCCAAAAAGGGUGCUCAGAGGAGAGAGCUUAAUGAGAUUUAGUGCCUAGUCUGCUUAUCUGGUAGUUUCUGAUGGGUUUUAAUCCUCACCCUUACUGAGAUCAGUGCAAGCCAUAACAUACUAGAAGUCUUUUCAUUUCUGUUGUCACCCUUACUGCCACAAGAGGAAACUCCAGAGUCUGAGAAUGAAGUUAAGAUCCUUUCCCCUUCCUGCAGCGAGCGUGUUUUCCCUCCAUUUCGGUUGUUUCUCCUUAGGUCACGGAAGGCUGGUGCUGUUCCGGGUGGUCACCUUCGGGCUGAACGCCUUCACCCUCCGCUAUCUCUCCCGGGAGCUCAUUGGCGUGGUCAAUGUCAGGCUGACUUUGCUGUACUCAACAGUUGUCUUCCUUGCCAGGGAGGCAUUUCGCAGAGCUUGUUUGAGUGGAAGUGCAAAGAGAAACUGGACGAAAACAAUUAAUCUAUUGUGGCUGACAGUUCCUCUUGGUGUCUUUUGGUCUGUUAUCUUGGGCUUAGUCUGGCUACACUUGCUCGAAGUACCCAACCCUUCUGCGGUUCCUCAUUAUCAGGCUGGUGUAGUGGCAUUUGGUGUUUCUGCCAUUGUUGAACUCCUGGGAGAGCCAUUCUGGGUUUUAGCACAAGCUCAUUUGUUUGUGAGACUUAAGGUAGUUGCUGAAAGCCUUUCAGUAGUGUCAAAAUGCAUUUUGACGGUUACUUUAGUAAUCCUUUAUCCUCAGUGGGGCCUUUACAUUUUUUCCUUGGCUCAGCUGUUAUAUGUCAGUAUUCUGGUAAUGUGCUAUGUAAUUUAUUUUGUGAUGUUUUUGGGAUCUCCUGAAGCCACAAAGAAAUCGUUUCCAAUUGCUAGAGUGAAAGCUUUAUUGCCUAACUUCGUGGAAGAUGAGACCUUUGUUAACUGGAAGGAAGCACGCUUGACUUGGAGUUUCUUCAAACAAUCCUUCUUAAAACAGAUUUUGACAGAGGGUGAACGAUAUGUGAUGACCUUUUUGAAUGUGUUAAAUUUUGGAGAUCAGGGUGUAUAUGAUAUUGUGAAUAACCUUGGUUCACUGGUGGCCAGGUUUAUCUUUUUGCCUAUCGAGGAGAGCUUUUAUGUAUUUUUUGCUAAAGUGUUGGAAAGAGGGAAGACUGUAAAGGAUCAGAAGCAGGAUGAUGUUGCUAUGGCUGCAAAUGUAUUGGAAUUGCUGCUGAAACUUGUGCUCCUGAUAGGUCUCACCAUCACCGUUUUUGGCUAUGCCUAUUCUCAGCUGGCUCUGGAUAUUUAUGGAGGCUCAAUGCUCAGUUCUGGAACAGGUCCAGAUCUCCUCCGGUGUUACUCGUUAUAUGUCCUGUUUCUUGCUGUCAAUGGAGUAACAGAAUGUUUCACAUUUGCCUUAAUGUGCAAAGAAGAAGUGGACAGGUACAAUUUUGUUAUGCUGGCCUUGUCUUUCGUAUUUCUGUGCAUCUCUUAUUUCCUGACCCACUGGUAUGGCAGUGUGGGCUUUAUCCUUGCCAACUGCUUCAACAUGGGCAUCAGAAUAGCUCACAGCACCCACUACAUCUAUGACUACUUCAAAGAAAGCGCCCACAGACCCCUCACAGGCCUGCUCCCCUCACCAGCUCUGCUGCUGGUUUACAUCAUCAGUGCAGUGAUCACUGCUUUCUCAGAGGUGUUGUUCUGCUGUGACAAGGGCUGGAUGGCCAGGCUGAUCCACAUCAGCACGGGUGCCCUGUGCUUCGUAGCAACCCUCGUUACAAUGUUCUGCACAGAGACCAAACUCAUCCACUUUGUUAGGAACCAGUUCCUCUCCCGCUAUUUGAAGAAAGGAACAUGACCUGCUUUUGUGCAGAGCAGUUCUUGUACGUGCUUGCAGUAAAGGGCUGUGUUUUUUCCAUAAGAUCUGUAUGGAAAGAAGGUUUCCAUGUGUGUUUGGAAGCGUUGAUAAUGGAGUGGCAAUGUAGACAAUUGCCAGGUGAAUAUUAUUUUGUCUUCUGAACUGGUCAGCACAGCAAACGAGAGAUGAAUAAUUUUCUCUUUAUGCCCCAUUCUUUUCUAAGCUUUUUUUCAAACAGCCUCUUAAGUAAUGAAUGAAGAUCUAAGCUACACCCUCUGACACAACCUGGUUGACAGACUGCAUGUAGAGAGCUCCCCUCCUGCCGCUGGGCGGUGUGGGGAAGGCCUGACGUGGUUUAGAAGGCCUUUAUUUGGCAUGGGUGCUGCUUAACUGGGGAGAAAAUGGUCAGGAAAAAAGCCCCCAAUACCAACCACAAUAAAUGCCAUAGAAAUACCCCAAAGCUGAGGAGAACUCUAGAGCAAGGACCAGCACCAGUGUGAGUGUUGUGGAGCAGAACAGUGUGGUGCAGAGGGAUUGAGCUGUCACUGUUUGACGUGCAAAGCAGGGAACAGAAAAUCCUGACGUUUACAAGUAAAUUAAUGGAAUACACAGCGUGUGUCCCUGCUGGCUCUGUGAGAUUAUUUCAUUCAGCAGAUCUUUCGAGUCUGAGGGCAUUGAUUAACUUGUCAGAAAUACUCUGAAGCCUUAGCUGGAAGAGGUUUUUAGCAUUGUCUGCAGCAGGUGUUGAGUACAAUCACUGAUGGUGCAGUUCAUAAGGUUACUCGUAAAACUUCUUACUUUCAUUCCAUUGUUUUUUGGGUUUGUAUGAGAUUUUAAAUGCCAGCAUGAGCAAACUUGUCUCAAUAAAAAUUAUUUUGUCUGUGCAAUUGAAUGUUAAAUAUAUUUAAUAAGAUUUUUUACAAGGAUUUAUGCAUAUUGAAGAUUUCUUUAUUGGAUAGUAAAUACUUCCUUUUGUUCCAAUGUUUUCUUCACAUCUUGUUUUUUUACUUGUUCAGUUUUAACCUCUGGAUUCAUAUUAUUUUUGAAUUGUUGAAAAUUUGGACACUCAGAAGUUCUAAAAUUCCAUGUUAGGCUGCUGGUUUGGGUGUACUGAUGGUGUAUUGCUGGUCUAAGAUCUGAACUGGGCAGUUUCAGAGUGUACAAAUGGCAGGUUUAUAAUGAUCAGCAUUCCCUUUGCAAUGUUUGGAUGGACCAAAAAUGUCAAGGGAUGAAAAAUGCGUGCUCAGAUGUGUGCAGCUGAAAGCUUUUAGUUUAAUUAUGUAGCAACUCUGCAGAUCCUCAGACUGCUUAAAAAAAAUCACUGCAAUGGCAUUGUGGGGUUCAUUCUGGUGACCACAGUGCCCAGGCUGAAAUGCUUUCUAGUGUCAGGGCCUUCAGCUUGUAGUCAGAAAUAUUUUCUAAACUCUGGUAAUUCCCACUUGGAAAACAUUACCGAAGAUACUUUAUAUGUGAAUUUGGUGAUUGAUCAUAGAGAAGCCAGAAUGUGACAGUGAAGGGAAAGGAGUGGCCUUGCUCAGCCAAGGGCAGUUGUCUCCAUUCCCUGGCUGGAAGGAGUAGAUACAGACUUGCUGAUUCUCCUUAUGCUCUCUUGAAAUCUGUCAAAACAAAACAAACUCUACAUUAUUCUGUCCUCUUAAUUGAAUUCUGUAGUUCUUUGCCUUUUGAAUUUUUCUCUUCAGAGUGGUCCUACAGCUUUUUUUCUCUUUUCUGUCAGGUGUGGAGUUUGUUAGGAGUACAGCUUCAAAUAUUGCAGAAACUUUAUUACAAAUCGUCAAUGCCUACAACAGUUGCUUUUGCUUUACUUGCUUGUAGUACAAAAAAAUCAAGACAAUUGAACCUGUGGACUGUGUUUUAGGGUUUGUCUUUUUCUGUGUGUGUCUUUGGGAUCCUACUGUGGCAAUAUCUCAAUCAGUGAAUUUUUAUAACUCCUUGGAAUGAGAAAUUUUGUACAGCCCUGCAUCUAAAGUGCUUUGGAGAUGGAAGAACUUCUCAUACCAAAUGAGCUUGAAGUCAUUCUGCCUUGUCUGCUCUUACAGCCCCAGCUGUACUGAUAUUACUUCUGCUACUUGUAAUGUUGUAAGUGGGGUGAUGUGAGAUCUCCCUCUUGAAACAGUGAUCUGUGUAGUCUUGUAAAUAUUUUUUAACAUAAAUGCAGUGAAUGCAUUUAAAGACAAGUUACAUUUUUACACUAAUUUGUGUUAUUUCAUAUUGGAAAGGCUGACAAAUCUCUCUUGCAUCUCAGAUGCAAUUUUAUAUGAAUCAGGAAGACAUUUAAGGUGACAAUGAUUGCUCAUUAGCAAAUUAGGGACACAUUCCCCACUUAAACAUCAUCUGCUCAGUAAUGGCUGGCUGGUUUUUGUGAUGUGGGAUGUUUGAUUUUUAAUGUGUUUUAUGUGGCAGGAAGCUGCAAGGAGGCACAAAAGUAGAGACCUGUGAAACUGUCUGCUGCUUUCUUAUUUAUCAGUGGGAUCCUUAAUGUCAGAGCUGUUAAUUGCUUUAUUGCUAAAGCAGCAAACUCUCAAACUCAGGGACAAAGUUGAGAUUGAAUUUGACCAUAUUUCCCUUUCAUUUUAGCCCUGUUAAUCUGUCAAAGGCACAACUGUCUAAAAUUCCAUGAAGCUGUUUUGCAGUGUUCUGAAAUCUUUUAGUUUAAGCCAAAGGUGAAUGAAACAUUUUCUUUGGUGGAAAAGGUUAUGAUUUCAUGCUUUGUGGUGUGUUUUUCUUAUUUGUUGGAUGAAUGACUUUCAAGGUAACACUAAAUAAAGUUUAUUUCCUUUA